CAAUUUCAUUUUACUUGAAGUCUAUAACAGAGCUUGCUUUACUGCUGACUGUCAGCACUCUAAAAGAAGUCAGGAGCGCUCCAUGACUUUGGGUGGGUGAGAUAAAAGGCUAACCACCUCGCGAGAGACAGAGAAGUCGCAGAACUGAGAAGAAAACAGACAAGGGAACAUGGCUUCAGCGAUCCACAUGCCAGAACCCUUGUGCCUCAUUGAGAACACUAAUGGGCGACUGGUGGCUAAUCCGAAAGCUCUGACCAUCCUGUCUGCCAUCACGCAGCCAGUGGUGGUGGUGGCCAUCGUGGGCCUCUACCGCACAGGCAAAUCCUACCUGAUGAACAAGCUGGCUGGGAAGAGCAAGGGCUUCUCCCUGGGCUCCACGGUGCAGUCUCACACCAAGGGCAUCUGGAUGUGGUGUGUGCCUCACCCCCAGAAGCCAAACCGCACUCUAGUUCUGCUUGACACUGAGGGCCUGGGGGAUGUGGAGAAGGGUGACAACCAGAAUGACUCCUGGAUCUUUGCCCUAGCAAUAUUGCUAAGCAGCACGUUUGUAUACAAUAGUAUGGGAACCAUUAACCAGCAGGCCAUGGACCAACUACACUAUGUGACAGAGCUGACAGAUAGAAUCAGGGCAAAAUCCUCCCCUGAGGAGGACGGGGUUGAGGAUUCAGCUGACUUUGUGAGCUUCUUUCCAGACUUUGUGUGGACGCUGAGGGAUUUCUCCCUAGACUUGGAAACAGAUGGGCAGUGUAUCACACCAGACGAGUACCUGGAGAAUUCACUCAAGCUGAAGAAAGGUACCAGUGAAAAAGAUAAAAUGUUUAAUCUGCCUCGACUCUGUAUCCGGAAGUUCUUCCCAAACAAGAAAUGCUUUAUCUUUGAUCGACCCACUCAGAGGAAGCAGCUUAGCCGGCUUGAAGAACUGCGUGAUGAUGAGCUGGACUCUGAAUUCGUGCACCAAGCUGCACUCUUCUGCGCCUACAUCUUUAGCAAUUCCAAAACUAAGACUCUGUCAGGAGGCAUCAAGGUCAACGGACCACGUCUGGAGACCCUGGUGCUGACCUAUGUCAGUGCCAUCAGCAGUGGGGAUCUUCCCUGCAUGGAGAACGCAGUCCUGGCCUUGGCUGAGAUCGAGAACUCGGCCGCAGUGCAAAAGGCCAUUGCCCACUAUGACCAGCAGAUGGACCAGAAGGUGCAGCUGCCCACGGAAACCCUCCAGGAGCUCCUGGACCUGCACGGGGCCUGUGAGAGAGAGGCCAUCACAGUCUUCAUGAAGAACUCUUUUAAGGAUGUGGACCAAGUGUUCCAGAAAAAAUUAGCGGCCCAGCUAAACAAAAAGCGAGAUGACUUUUGUAAACAGAAUCUUAAAGAAUCAUCAGACCGUUGCAAAGCAUUACUUAAGGAUAUUUUCACUCCUCUAGAAGAAGGUGUAAAACAGGGGGUUUAUUCUAAACCAGGAGGGUAUCGUCUUUUCAUGGAGAAGAUACAGGAGCUGAAGAAACAGUAUGACCAGGAGCCCAGGAAGGGAAUACAGGCUGAAGCGGUUCUUCAGGAAUACUUGAAGUCCAAGGAGUCUGUGACUGACGCAAUUCUUCAGACAGACCAGACUCUCUCAGAGAAGGAAAAGUUGAUUGAAGUGGAACGUGCGAAAGCGGAAGCAGCACAGGCUGCAACAAAAAUGCUGGAGGAAAUGCAAAUAAAGAAUCAGCAGAUGAUGGAACAAAAAGAAAAGAGUCAUCAGGAACACGUGAGGCAGCUGACGGAGAAGAUGGAGCAAGACAGGGCGCAGCUGCGGAAAGAGCAAGAGAGAACCCUCUCCCUUAAACUUGAGGAACAGGCCCGACUACUAAAAGAAGGAUUCCGAAAUGAGAACAAACAGCUUCAGAAUGAAAUACAGAAGCUCCAGCAGAAGAUGGAAGAAAGACCAAGUUGUGUACUAAUUUAAAGAACUGAAGAAUAGCAGUCUCCUGGUCACUCUUAGCCAAGGCAUUCCUCAAGCAGUUUAGAAUCUAGAAAAAGUGUCACCACACUUGGUAAUAAUUAGGUCUUAUAUUUUUUAACACGAAAAUUUCCGAAGUCAUGCAGUAAUAGGUGAAAUCACGUCUAUCUUCCUCACAGUAUUGUAAACCGUGUAACGUGGAUGCAUCUCACCUCUUGCCAACCCUGGAGGUAUCAUAAGCUGGUACCACUCAGGAGCUUCUUCUUCUAGAUGACCAGGUAAAGUCUCAGGUAAAAAUCUUGGGACAUAGUUGAGCAUGAGUUUGGCCAAGUGCACAACAGGUUCCCAUGUCAGGAACAACCAUUCUAGCUUCUUAGUGAAGGCAAUAUAUAGUGCACCAUUGUUUCCGGACUGCUCAGGCUGUGGGUGAUGGUGUCAUUCCUGGGCACUGGGAAUAGUCAGUGCUCACUAGUGGAUUCCACGCUAAAGCAAAUCACCUAAUAUAGAGCUCUCGAAUCGCUACAGAAUUUCCAUAGGAAGAUGGAAGAAACCAUUGGCAUGAGUAGGAGUUAGGUCAUAAAUAAAGGUGCUGGAGAAGCAACUUUCCCUUCUUACUCAGUUCACCCAGAUUACAGUUUUAAUGGGGCUCUUUAGAACUUUAGGUAAGUGACACUGGACUAAACAUAGUAACAGGAAGGCGAUUAUGCAUUGUGUGUUCCCAGCAAUUUACAGUUUGCAAAGACGAACUUUAAAUGGUGACAGAUACCGUGUUAGGAAACUGAGCUAACUGAAUUAUGAGAUUGUUUGUAACCCUGAAGUUUAGGCUGUCUUUUCCCAGUUCUUCACAGUCGUACUUGAAAGCCUGCUUAUCUUCCCCCAAGAGAAUAUGGGUUCUUUUUUGACAUUUUUGACCAGUAAAACAACACUCUCGGUAUUACCUGGUAUAUAUGGACUUUCUCACAAUUGUUAAAAUUCCUAAGUGGUUGCUGCUUCUUAAGGAGAUUAAGAAUUGUUUUCAAGCUGGAAAUAAAUUAUGCUUCACUGA